AUGGGUCCUUCUUACAGAUCAAGAAAAACAAGAAGCACUGGAAAAUCAUCGGCCGGACGAAAAGUCCAUAUCAAAAAACGGCCCGAAAAAUCCAAGAACCAAGAAAGCUCGACCCUUUUGCCGGAUAUUCCGAAAGCCUUCGAUCGUAAAAAUGUCGAGGACGAGGAAGUUUUGCCGGGCAGCAUUUGUUCGACUCCAAAGGCCGAAAGAUUUCGGAUACCGGAGAUCAAAACUUGCCCACCGGCACCAAAGAAACGCCGUAUUUCGGCAAAUUGUUCUUCGAGGAGAACAUCCAUCGCGUUUUUCAGCCAUCCGGAUAUCGAGCUUUUCUUCAACUUUCCUCUUCGCGGCAUCCAGGUUCAGACCGGUUAUUAA